GGCCUCGAGAGCCGUUCGCAAGCAUGUGACCACAGCAUGUAUCCCCUGCAGUGUGACGGAAACACCCCGACGUGUAAAAACUGUCGAAUAAAAGGGAAAGACUGUAGCUAUCGGCAAACUGAUGACAAACGCAAGGUCCCAGUGCGAGUCGCCGUUGGCUUCCUAGCUCAGAGAGUUGAUCAGCUGUCGCGCUUCAUCCGGGACCAUGGCCUCCAGAGGCCGGAGAUAAAUGAUGAAGGUUAUGUCGCUGUCAAGAAUAUCCUUGACGCUCUUGAGAUUACCUGUGAAGAUUUCCGCAAAAGUGAGGGGCACCCUGGGACUAUAACGGGCCAACAGGUUCAUAAUAAGAUAUACGCCGAUGACAACGGUGUGCCUCAAUUGGGACUUCCACAAUUAGAAGAAGCAGGAGCUAACGGCCCAACGAGCCGGGGCUAUGGAGCUUCCUAUCGGGUUGGCCAGAAUACCGGCGAUGGAGGGCAUUUAGUGGAAGGCAAUGCGUCUGGUCAAGCCAUAGUAGAAGAUAUUAUACCGCACUCUGGAAGUCAGGAACCGAUGUAUCCGACCUCACUGGAACAGAAUCCCUCAUUGAAUGAAUCUCUGUUUGAGCCGAUGGCCACUCCACCUGAGCCAAAUGGAAAUGACUCGGACAGCGAUGAUGAAGUAACUAACCAGGUGUCAUAUCGUCUGGGACGGCUACAGCUCACACAUCAUGGUCAACUUCGAUAUUUCGGCUCAACCUCUAAUCUCACCUUGUUAGACGCCCUAGUUGGCGUUAUACCACCCAGUCCAAGCUCUUUACAGAGAGACACACAGGAGGUUCUCGAGAAUGCGGACCUCAACAUCCCCGUGCAGGAAGAACUCGAGAGACAUCUAAUUGAGCUUUAUUUUGCAUGGCAAGACCCGUGGCUACAUGUAGUGGACAUGGAUGUCUUCUGGAAGGCCCAAUCAGGGUAUCCAAAUGAACGAUCAUCCACACAAUACUAUUCUCGUGCUUUGUCGAAUGCCAUGUGUGCAUUAGGUGCCGCACAUGAAUCAAAGUACCAUCCAGAUCUAGUAACAUUUCCCCGGUCGCUCUCCGAACUUUUCGGUGAUAGGGCAAAGUUGCUGCUGGAGCUUGAGAUGGAAAACCCCUCCGUUGCCACCAUCCAAGCAUUAGUACUUUUAAGCAGCUACGAGGCGUCUUGUACUAGAGAUACACGUUGUUGGCUAUAUAGCGGUAUGGCGAUGAGACUUGCGUUCGACCUCGGUGUCCACCUGGACAUGACGCCCUAUGUGGAGAAGGAAAUAAUUUCGCCAGAGGAGGCUGACCUCCGCCGGAUGGUAUUUUGGGGAGUCUACCUUAGUGAACAAUUUUGGGGGUUCUAUCUGGGGCGUUCCCCGCAGAGCCCUACGAGUGGUGUAUCUGUUCCCAAGCCAGGCUCAUCUAGCCCUCUUCCUGCAAUCAAAUGGAAGGCGUACCCGACAAUGAGUAUGUCGUCUUACAUCAUGGUUCCUUUCGAUCUGAUAUGUUCUCAAUGGGUGUGUCUGUACGAUCUAAUGCUACCCUUGACGGACGUGUUAUACGGAGUUUCAGAAGUCUCGAUUCCUUCGCUUCAAGUUCUGACUGCCAAUACGGUACAGAAAUUACAAACGUGGAAGAAGAACCUCCCAUGUGAACUUCAUGUUGAGGGACGCCCCAUCUGCCAACCCCCAGUCCCACAUAUUCUAUCUCUCCAUAUGCAGUACUACCAGUUCAUGAUUCACUGUCACCGCCCAUACAUCUCAAAACAUUACAUUCAGCCACAACCCCCGCAAGGCCCCGGACCACACCAUGCGCGUAGCAUGUGUCUGGAAUCUGCCAUAUCUAUAGUGAAGCUCCUAACAUUAUAUGAAAGUCUAUACACCUUCCGCAGGGUAAACGUCCAGAUCGUGUCGUUCAUCUUCUCCGCCGCGCUCAUCUUAAUCUUCGCAACAGCGCCUUCGAAACGAACCCCACGAAACCAGGAACUACUCAGAUACCUUAAUACUUGUUUCCGAGCGCUGGAAGAUAUGGGAAGCAGUCUCGAGAAUGCAAAACGCACAAGCACCUUCCUCGGCACAUUGCAGCGUCAAUGGGAGGUCCGCCGACGGAACCGAAUGAAUACACGCACGAAGCAGAAGCCAGGGUCUCGCCAACAACCAGGUGGCAGCAGGAAAAUGGCGAGGAAUGGCAAUGGUACUGAUGGAUUCCACCAUGAAGGAAAUAGCUCCUUUUCCCAACGUGCGGCCUGGCCUGACUGUGGCUCCCCUUCGGGCGGUUUCGGGGCGGCAGGCUCAUCCGUCGCAGAUACGUUGUCUCCUAUGGCUGAUUUUAUGGAUCUUAGUCUUUGUAAUGUUCUUCUUAGUGAGGGGAUCCCGGGUUCCUUUGUGUAA